AUGUUACUAAUCAUUAUAAUUACAUUAAUAGAUAAAUAGUUGGUCACAAAUGAUGCUAUUUGUUUGAUAAAAAGACUUUUGAUUAGAAAAUAUAUUACUCGUUGAUUGAGUAAUGACUAUCACUAUUAAAACAAUUGCGAAUACGAAUGUUGCGUCGUGAAAUAUAAAUGGAUCAUUCACUAAUCAUCUAUGAAGUUGUAUAUCUUCAAUGAGUAUUCUCCAUAUAUUUUGGUGGAUGAGUUACUUUUUUAUUAGAGAAAUUUCAUAUGUUGUACAAUAAUAAUUGUCCAAAUUUAAAAGCAUAUAUUAAAGAAGGAGAAUAAUAUAUAAAAAUUCAUAUUUCAUAAAUUAGAAGUUUCAUACAAAAGAAGUACUAAUAUAGCUACACAAGGGUAAUUUUGGAAUAAGGGAGAAUUUUGAGGGACCAAAAUGUCUUUAAUUGGUUAAAAUGCAAUGGCUUAUAAGCCAAAAAAAAAAAAUAAGUUGGGAAUUGGAGCUUUUAGUUUUUCGCUUAUAAAAAGCUAAUUUUGUUUUUUUUUUAAGCCAUUUUGAAACUUGCCAAACACUUAAAAAAGUUAAAAAUAGCUUAAAAGCUAUUUUGACCAAAAUAGAAGCCCAUCCAAACACCUACUAAUAAUCUCCAUAUGCAGAAAAUUAGGGAAUCAGCCAGCAAAUCAACUUGAACCUUGACCCUAGGAAAACUAGGUCUAGUUUUGUUAAUAGUUGCAGCAUCUAAGUGUAAAGGCUUCCCAACUGCUGAAGCUAAAGAAAAUAGAGAUUCUUUAACAAAGAAUGUUGGCUUCAAGUCUGGGAAUUAGAUCCAUGCUAAGGCUUGUGAGGUUUCUUCAUCUACCCUAAAACUUCCAUCAUAAAUAAAUGGCCUCAUAGGAUAGGAGCAACCUUCUUUGUCCAAAAAGUAAUAAACAGUUUUAGAUAGCAUGUUGAUAAAAUCCUCUUCCCUCCUGAGUCUUAUAAGAAUGUGUCUAUGCCUUAAAAAAUCAAUCUUUCAAUCACCUUUACAUUGCAUUGUUUCGGAAUUUGAAGCCGAAGCUUUUCUAAUUCAGGCCAGCCAUAUGAAAACUUGCUAACAAUUGCGUAUUGCAAGUUUUCUAUGAUAUUCAUUCUACAAACUUCAUCUUCAGUCCAUUGGAUUCUCGGAAUUCCAUCUCUAUAUUAAACCUUUUUAAUAUGAAUGGGAUCCACCUCCGGAUUAGACUUGAGAAAGUUCCCAGGGGUUUUAAAAAGUUAAUGUAGCUACCUCUUACUGGAGAUUUGCCUCCGUUGCUCUCCCCAUUAGACAAUGGAUCCGAAGGUUGAGUGUAGGGUAUGGAGGAUUUAGAGAUUAGUGGUGGAAAAUCUUGAUUCGAGAGAGCUAUGUUCUAAUCAGCCGUAAUAUUCGGCUGAUCAGUGGCGGUUAAGGCCAUUAACGACGGUCAGAGCUUAAAAGUUUGACGGAAACCUAGGAGUGCUGAAUGGCCUUUUAUCAAAUAAGUAAUGCUUAAAAUGGGGUUUUAUAAUACUUUUGCUAACAGGGUCAUGAAUUGUGUAUCAACUGUAUCUUUUGCUUUCAAUUUGAAAGGAGAUAUUAAAGUGUUUGUGGUUAUGAAUUGUGUAUCAACUGUAUCUUUUGCUUUCAAUUUGAAUGGAGAUAUUAAAGUGUGUGUAAAACCAUCGAGGGGUUUAUACCAACGGCCCCCCUUAUCAUCAUAUUUAUUUCUUAUUUGUGCGGAAGAGCUAUCAGCAUUACUGCACUCAAUCGAGAAACAAGGAACUUCAAAAGGAUUUGGAGUUAAGAAGACAUGACCCGUCAGUUUCGCAUUUGUUCGUCGCGGAUGACUCUUUUAUUUUUGUAUCUAUUUUAUGGACGAUUUGGAAGGGUAGAAAUGAUUGUGUUUAAUUUCUUACUAUGGAGUGAUGCUGCCAUUUUAUCAAAAGCUUUAUUGGACUAUAAUGAGUUUCCGUAUGAAACAAAUAGUCCAAGUCGCAUGCGACAGGAGCAACAUGUUGUGACAAGUUCAACUUCCCCAACUCUUUCUCCAGAAAUGGUGUUGCUUUAUGUUGAUGCAGGCUUGGUUCCAAAUGCUCGGAAUACGAGUAUUGCAAUAUUAGCUUUGAAGGCUAAUGGUCAGAUGCUUCAUGCCUAUGGUAGUCCAAUACAUUUUGUUGGAAAAGCCGUGAUAGCUGAAGCAUUAGCAAUUAGAAAAGCAAUCCAAAUUGAAGUGGAGCAAGGCUGGAGGAAUUUACAAAUUUGUCUGACUCAUCAAUAAUGACUCAAAUGUUGAAUAGGAGAAUAGUUCCUUCUUGGGGAUGUGAAUACUAUUUGUGAGGAUAUCUGACAUCUCAGACAUUAUACGGAUGAUGUAGCCUAUACUCAUAUAAGUAGGCAUGCUAGUACUUGUAGUCAUACUUUAGCUAGGUUUGCUUCAUCGUCCGGUGCAUGAAAUCUCUUGGUGGGACAACUUCCCGGUUUGGAUUGUUAACUAGUCUUUCUACUGUUUUGUACAUUAACUAGUGUUUGAUGAAUACAUUAUCAUUUGUGUUUAAAAAAAUGUUUAUCAGCUAAUCCAAACAGUUUUUUUUGUUGUC